AUGUCCAACUUCCUCAACCAGGAUUUUGGCUCGGACGAUGAGGAUGAUGAGUUUAAUCCCGGCCCCGUUGAUGAGUCUGAGGGCGAGGACUCCAAGCCGGCCAAGUCCAGCAGACGCGGCGCUGAUAGCUCUGACAAUGUAAAAAAUGAAGGCGACCCAGACGAAGACGAUGCCAAGGACGUUGUUGAUGAUGAGGAGCAAGACGAGGAGGAUGAAGAGGACGAGGAUGAAGAUGCGGAGGACGACGACGAGGCCGUGGAGGCCCGUCCCCGCAAGCGCAGACGCGGUCCCCUCAACCCUUUCAUCGAUGAAGAGGCCGGUGUCGACGAGGAAGAAGAUGAAGCCGAAGACGAUGAGGAUGAACUCGCCGAGUUCGGCACAGAGAUGCACCCCGACGACCUCGACCAGUUGCCUGCCGGGGCCGAAACAGAUGACCGCCGCCACCGACAGCUCGAUCGCCAGCGUGAGCUCGAUGCUACAAUGGACGCAGAGAAGCAGGCGCAGUUGCUCAAGGAGCGCUAUGGACGGAACCGCGCCGCAGCUACAGACGCACUCGUGAUUCCCAAGCGGUUGCUUCUUCCCAGUGUGGAGGACCCGAGUAUCUGGGGUGCUCGCUGCAAGCCUGGAAAAGAGCGCGAGGUCGUUUAUUCCAUCCAGAAGCGUAUCGAGGAGCGCCCGGCUGGAUCUCGUAACCCGAUUCGGAUCAUAUCGGCUUUCGAGCGCGGACAUCUCAUGCAGGGCUGGUUCUACUGUGAGGCGCGCAGACAGGCUGAUGUUAUUGAGGGCUUGGAGGGUAUCAACUUCUACUACCCCUCCCAGAAGAUGACUUUGGUUCCCGUCAAGGAAAUGCCCGAUCUCCUCAAGGUCCAGAAAUCGGAGGAGCUUAUGCCGGGUGGAUGGGUUCGUAUCAAGCGUGGUCGUUACCAGGGCGAUUUGGCCCAGAUCGAAGAAGUUGAGACAAACGGUCUUAAUGUUACUGUCCGACUUGUUCCCCGUCUUGACUACGGCAUGAAUGAUGAUGCUGCUGCUAUGAUGGGCCCCGAUGCGAAGCGCAAGCGUGGCGCUAUGAACACGAUUCGCCCCCCGCAGCGUCUGUUCAACGAGUCCGAGGCGAAGAAGAAGCACGCGAAAUACCUCUCGGCUACAUCUGGUUUGGGUGGCAAGUCUUGGAGCUACCUCAACGACACUUACAUUGAUGGCUUCCUUAUCAAGGAUAUGCGCGUCCAGCACUUGAUCACCAAGAACGUCAACCCGAGACUGGAGGAAGUGACGAUGUUUGCUCGCGGAGGAGAAGAUGGCACUGCGAACCUGGAUCUCGCUUCUCUGGCCGAGACCCUGAAGAACUCGACCGCUGAGGACUCAUACCAGCCCGGAGACCCUGUCGAGGUCUAUCGGGGUGAACAGCAAGGCUUGAUCGGUCGCACCGUCUCAACUCGCGGAGACAUUGUUUCAUUGCAGGUUACCGAGGGAGACCUGGCUGGCCAGACAAUUGAUGCCCCUGUUCGAACUCUGCGUAAGCGUUUCCGCGAGGGUGACCACGUUAAGGUCAUUGGAGGCAGCCGUUACCAGAACGAACUAGGCAUGGUGGUGCAAGUCAAGGAUGACACUGUCACCCUUCUCAGUGACAUGAGCAUGCAGGAGAUUACUGUCUUUAGUAAAGACCUUCGUCUUUCUGCGGAGAUGGGCGCUGAUGGCCAACUUGGAAUCUAUGAUGUCCAUGACCUUGUUCAACUUGAUGCUGCAACCGUCGCCUGUGUCAUUAAGGUUGAUCGCGAAUCUCUUCGUGUUGUGGACCAGAACGGCUCUCUCCGCAAUGUCCUCCCUACCCAGAUUGCCAACAAGAUCGAACCUCGUCGGGAUGCUGUUGCGACUGACCGCAAUGGUGCAGAGAUCCGAAAUGGCGACACUGUUCGCGAGGUCUACGGAGAGCAGAGAACCGGAGUUAUCCGCCAUAUCCACCGUUCAUACCUUUUCUUGCACAACAAAGCCCAAGCUGAAAACGCAGGCAUUUCCGUGGUGAGAACGACAAACGUCGUCACUGUGUCCGCGCGGGGUGGACGGCCGACUGGUCCUGAUCUGACCAAGCUGAACCCUGCCCUUAACAUGCAGGCACCUGGCGGCGGUCGUGGCGCGGCGAUGCCACCACCUUCACGUGGUCGCGAUCCGCUCCUCGGAAAAACUGUUGCUGUUCGCAAGGGCCGCUACAAGGGUCUGGUGGGUAUUGUCCGUGAUGCCGAUGAUAAGAACGCCCAGGUCGAGCUCUACACAGUCAACAAGCCCGUUCAAAUAGACCGGAAUAUUCUUACACCCAAGGACCCGAUCACUAAGCAGAAUUUGGAUUCUGGUCGCGGACGUGGCCGUGGAGGAGGUGGAGCAGGGGGUUCGCGUGUUCCUUAUGGCUCUGGCGCUCCUUCAGGCGCGCCUGGCUGGUCGGGUGGUCGCACCCCAAUGACCGCUGCCGAUUCCUCGAGAACCCCCGCUUGGGGUGGCGCCGCCGCUUCACGAACCCCCGCCUGGGGUGGCAUGAGCGGCUCUCGCACUCCAGCCUGGAAGAACGACGGAUCCCGCACCUCCAAUCCUUACGAAGCUGGAAACCGCACUGCCUAUGGAGGCAUCGGUAACCGCACACCGGCAUGGAACUCUGGCUCUCGCACUCCGUACGACUCCGGCUCCGGCUACGACGCGUUCGCCUCCGGAACUCGCACUCCCGCCUGGGGCGGCGCAAGCGCGAACACCGGCAACCGGACGCCUGCCUGGGGUGGUCUCUCCAACGGCCGAGACCAACGCGACUUCGACGACGCCCCCACCCCCGGCGGAGGUUACUCUGCUCCUACCCCGGGCGCUUACGCAGCCCCCACACCAGGUGCCUCAGCACCAACACCCGGCGCCUGGCCCGACAGCGCCCCCACACCCGGAGCCUUCAACGCGCCGACUCCAGGUGGCAUGCCGAAGCGAGGAGGCUAUGACGCCCCAACCCCAGCUGCAUAUGAUGCACCAACCCCAGCCAUGGGCGGCGCGGCAGCUACACCAGGUGCGGGCUACGGGGAUGAUGACGGUGGCCCGCGUUACGACGAGGGCACUCCUAGCCCGUAA